GCUGAAGCUGUCAGUGAGGUGCCAUGCAUAAACAGCACUAUCUACCGAGUAUACUAACCGUCUGAGGAAGUUGGUUAAACAGUACUAAGUGAUGGGUAGGUUUCUGAGUGAUAUUACUAUAGUGUUGCCAUCAUUGGUAAAGGCCCCAUUGACUUCAGAGUAAGAAAUUACAAACUCUAAUAUAUGUGAAAGCAAACAUGGAACCAAAUAAAAAACAAACAGAAAAUGUGCAGUCUGAAACCGAUAGCCAAUCUGCAGCAGCAGAAUGUCAUCUUGGAAGACACGCACAAGCACACAGUGCAGGAGGAGCUCCUGGUACUGUGUCAUUUCCUUCAGUUACCCCAUCUCCAGCAUCCAACUCUGAACAAAGACAGCUGAAAUUUGGUCCCUCUCAAGAAAAUGUUCCAGAGUUUGUAAACCCAAAGACAAGGAAGCCACCCCUCUCUAAAUUCAUCCUGGGCUCCUCAGAGGACAACUCUUCAGAUGAUGAGUUUUCAUAUCCACCUUUUAAAAACACCAGAAAAGGUAGCCUCACCAGCAUCAGUUCUCAGGCCUCAUCUCUGUGCUCCCUGCCAGAAACAGAAUCCUUACCCACGACAAUACGGUCCAGCAUGUCAGGAUUACAUCUUGUAAAGAAAGGCCGGGAACACAAGAAGCUGGACCUCCAAAGAGACUUCACUGUUGCAUCCCCGGCUGAGUUUGUGACAAGAUUUGGUGGCAAUCGCAUCAUUGAUAAGGUCCUUAUAGCUAACAAUGGCAUUGCUGCUGUCAAGUGCAUGCGCUCCAUACGGAGGUGGUCGUACGAAAUGUUCAGGAAUGAGCGGGCCAUACGCUUUGUUGUUAUGGUUACACCGGAGGACCUCAAAGCCAAUGCAGAAUACAUCAAGAUGGCUGACCAUUAUGUACCAGUUCCUGGAGGAGCCAACAAUAAUAAUUAUGCCAACGUAGAGCUAAUUGUUGACAUUGCUAAACGAAUACCAGUCCAGGCUGUGUGGGCUGGAUGGGGGCAUGCAUCCGAGAACCCCAAACUUCCAGAUCUCCUGCAGAAGCAGAACAUUGCUUUUUUGGGACCUCCAAGUCAGGCAAUGUGGGCAUUAGGGGACAAAGUGGCUUCCACAAUUGUCGCUCAGACGGUAGGAAUCCCAACGCUCUCGUGGAGUGGAGAUGGUCUGAAGCUAGAAGUAAACUCUGAAGAUGCCCAGCAGCAGAACAUUGUUUGUGUCCCACUUGAGGUGUAUGAGAGGGGCUGUGUGAAAGACGUAGAUGAAGGACUAGAGGUUGCAGAACGAAUAGGAUACCCAGUCAUGAUUAAAGCAUCUGAGGGUGGCGGAGGAAAAGGCAUCCGAAAAUCAGAACAAGCUGAAGAUUUUCCCAACCUCUUUAGACUGGUACAGACUGAGGUUCCUGGAUCUCCUAUCUUUGUAAUGAAACUUGCUCAGCAUGCCCGACACUUAGAAGUUCAGAUACUGGCAGAUCAGUAUGGCAAUGCGGUUUCUCUCUUUGGCCGUGACUGUUCUAUUCAAAGACGGCAUCAGAAGAUUAUCGAGGAAGCACCAGCUACUGUAGCUGCCCCCUCAGUGUUUGAAUACAUGGAGCAGUGUGCCGUGCGCCUAGCUAAAAUGGUUGGAUAUGUGAGUGCGGGCACUGUGGAAUAUCUGUACAGUGAAGAUGGGAGCUUCCAUUUCCUCGAACUGAAUCCCCGACUUCAAGUGGAACAUCCAUGCACAGAAAUGAUCUGUGACGUCAACUUGCCUGCUGCCCAGCUACAGAUCUCUAUGGGAGUUCCCUUGCAUAGAAUAAAGGACAUUCGGGUACUAUAUGGAGAGUCUCCGUGGGGUGAUCAACCUAUUUGUUUUGAGAAUCCUGUGAAUACCCCAAAUCCAAGAGGUCAUGUGAUUGCUGCCAGGAUAACCAGUGAAAACCCAGAUGAGGGUUUUAAGCCCAGUUCUGGGACGGUUCAGGAGUUGAACUUUCGGAGCAGUAAGAAUGUGUGGGGAUAUUUCAGUGUGGCAGCCGCGGGCGGCCUACAUGAGUUUGCAGACUCUCAAUUUGGACACUGCUUCUCCUGGGGAGAAAACCGUGAAGAGGCUAUCUCGAACAUGGUUGUGGCUCUUAAAGAGCUAUCUAUACGAGGAGAUUUCAGGACUACUGUAGAAUACCUCAUCAAACUGCUGGAGACAGAGAGCUUCCAAAAUAACGAAAUCGACACAGGGUGGCUGGAUCACUUGAUUGCCGACAAAGUCCGGGCUGAGAAACCAGAUACCAUGCUCGGAGUGGUAUGUGGUGCAUUAAAUGUAGCAGAUGCCUUGUUUCGGACUUGUAUGAACGAGUUCCUUCACUCCCUUGAAAGAGGUCAAGUACUCCCUGCAGCCACUCUCCUAAACAUUGUAGAUGUGGAACUGAUCUCUGAGGGUGUGAAAUAUACACUAAAGGUUGCCCGGCAGUCCUUAACCACCUAUGUAAUCAUCAUGAAUAACUCUCACAUAGAAAUAGAUGUACACCGGCUGAGUGAUGGGGGGCUUUUGCUGUCCUAUGAUGGGAACAGCUACACUACCUACAUGAAGGAGGAAGUUGACAGAUACCGCGUAACAAUUGGCAAUAAGACUUGUGUGUUUGAAAAGGAAAAAGAUCCUACGGUGCUUCGUUCGCCAUCUACUGGCAAACUGCUUCAGUAUACUGUGGAGGAUGGGUCCCACGUCAAUGCUGGAGAAUGCUUUGCAGAAAUCGAGGUAAUGAAGAUGGUCAUGGCAUUGAUGGUUGCUGAGCCUGGUCAUAUUCAUUAUGUGAAGCGUCCUGGAGCUGUGCUGGAAUCGGGCUGUGUGGUUGCUCGACUUGACUUAGAUGAUCCAUCAAAAGUCCAUCAGGCGGAGCUUUAUACUGGGAGCCUCACUCCCCAGCAAAACCUACCCAUGAUUGGUGAGAAGUUACACCAAGUGUUCCACAGUGUACUGGAGAACUUGGUAAAUGUGAUGAAUGGAUACUGUCUUCCUGAACCCUACUUCAUUACAAAGGUAAAGGAAUGGGUGAACACGCUGAUGAAGACCUUGCGCGACCCCUCUCUUCCUCUUUUAGAGCUGCAGGAGAUUAUGACUAGUGUGUCCACCAGGAUUCCACCCACUGUGGAAAAGUCCAUACGGAAAGUAAUGGCUCAGUAUGCCAGCAACAUCACCUCUGUCCUGUGCCAGUUCCCAAGUCAACAGAUUGCUAAUAUUUUGGACAGCCAUGCAGCCACCUUGCAGAGGAAGGCAGACCGGGAAGUGUUUUUCAUGAACACUCAGAGCAUUGUACAGCUUGUGCAGAGGUAUCGCAGUGGAAUUCGUGGCUACAUGAAGUCAGUGGUACUUGAUUUGCUAAGAAAAUACUUACAAGUGGAAACACAGUUCCAGCACUCUCACUAUGAUAAAUGUGUGAUUAACCUGCGGGAGCAAUACAAACCUGACAUGACACCAGUUUUAGAGUGCAUCUUUUCACAUGCACAGGUGGCUAAGAAGAAUAUGUUGGUCACAAUGUUAAUUGAUCAGCUUUGUGGACGAGAUCCUACUCUUACCGAUGAGCUAAUGACCAUUCUUAAUGAGCUGACACAGCUUAGUAAGACAGAGCACUCAAAAGUUGCUCUAAGAGCACGACAGGUUCUGAUAGCUUCCCAUCUUCCCUCUUAUGAACUGAGACACAAUCAAGUAGAAUCCAUCUUCCUUUCGGCUAUUGAUCUAUAUGGACAUCAGUUCUGCCCAGAAAAUCUCAAAAAACUAAUCCUUUCGGAGACUUCAAUCUUUGACGUCCUCCCAAAUUUCUUCUAUCAUAUUAACCAGGUGGUCAGAAUGGCUGCACUAGAGGUGUACGUAAGGAGAGGCUAUAUUGCCUAUGAACUGAACAGCUUGCAGCAUCACCAGUUACAGGACGGCACCCGUGUGGUGGAAUUCCAGUUUAUGCUGCCCUCAUCUCACCCAAACAGAGAGAUCAGCCCAACACUGAGCAGGAUGUCUCUGCCAAUCAGUGCCACUCACCUUGAGCUAAACCGCCAGAGCAGUGAGCUCUUCAUGGAUAACUGCUUUUCUCCGCUUUGCCAGAGGAUGGGGGUUAUGGUGGCUUUUGACAAGUUUGAAUACUUUACCAGGAACUUUGAUGAGGUCAUCUCCUGCUUUGCAGACCCUCCUCUGGACAGCCCAUUGUUUAGUGAAGCACGAUCUACCUUUUAUGAUGAAGAAGACAAUAAGAACAUCAGAGAGGAACCAAUACACAUUCUAAAUGUUGCAAUCCAGUCUGCUGACCGCCUGGAGGAUGAGGAGCUGGUAGCCAUGUUUAGAACCUUUGCACAGUCAAAGAAAAAUAUCUUAGUGGACUAUGGACUCCGGAGAAUAACCUUCCUGAUAGCUCAACAGAGAGAGUUUCCAAAGUUCUUCACUUUCAGAGCAAGAGACGAGUUUGCUGAGGAUAGGAUCUACAGACACCUGGAACCUGCCCUAGCUUUCCAACUAGAGUUAAGCAGAAUGCGUAACUUCGACCUCACAGCAGUUCCAUGCGCUAACCACAAGAUGCAUCUCUAUCUUGGAGCAGCCAAAGUUGCAGCAGGCAUAGAAGUGACAGAUUAUAGAUUCUUUGUUCGGGCCAUUAUCAGACACUCUGAUCUUAUCACAAAGGAAGCAUCAUUUGAAUACUUGCAGAAUGAAGGUGAACGCCUUUUGCUGGAAGCCAUGGAUGAGUUAGAAGUAGCUUUUAAUAACCCCAGUAUCCGCACCGACUGUAAUCACAUUUUCUUGAACUUUGUUCCUACUGUCAUUAUGGACCCAUCAAAGAUAGAAGAAUCAGUACGUUCCAUGGUCAUGAGAUAUGGUAGCCGGCUGUGGAAGCUGCGAGUACUUCAAGCUGAAGUCAAGAUUAACAUCCGUUUAACACCUACUGGCAAGGCCAUCCCCAUUCGCUUGUUUCUGACCAAUGAGUCUGGAUAUUAUCUAGAAAUGAGUCUUUACAAGGAGGUGACUGACCCCAGCACUGGACAGAUCAUGUUCCAGUCCUAUGGAGAUAAGCACGGACUAAUGCAUGGGAUGCUAAUUAAUACACCAUAUGUGACCAAGGACCUGCUUCAGUCCAAGAGGUUCCAAGCCCAGACUUUGGGAACAACCUAUGUGUAUGACUUUCCUGAAAUGUUUAGACAGGCCUUGUAUAAAUUGUGGGGUUCUGGUGAAGUGUGCCCCAAAGAUAUCCUGACUUACAUAGAGUUGGUACUAGACGCACAGGACCAGCUUGUCCAGCUGAACAGACUUCCUGGUGGUAAUGAGGUUGGAAUGGUGGGUUUUAAGAUGAAGCUGAAAACUCCUGAAUAUCCAAAUGGCCGCAGUAUUAUCUUGAUCUGCAAUGACAUAACAUACAAAAUUGGUUCCUUUGGGCCCCAGGAAGAUCUACUCUUUCUGCGAGCUUCUGAGUUGGCAAGGAAGGAGGGGAUUCCUCGCAUAUAUAUUGCAGCCAACAGUGGAGCACGGAUAGGACUGGCAGAGGAGCUUAGACACAUGUUCCAGGUGGCAUGGAAUGACCCAUCAGACCCAUACAAGGGUUUCAAGUAUCUGUACUUAACCCCCCAGGACUAUACAAGGAUCAGCUCAAUGAACUCUGUUCACUGUGAGCAUGUGGAGGAUGAAGGAGAAUCCAGGUACGUCCUAACAGACAUUAUUGGGAAGGAGGAAGGAAUUGGAGUGGAGAACCUAAGGGGAUCAGGAACAAUUGCUGGGGAGUCAUCGUUGGCAUAUGAUGAGAUAGUUACCAUUAGUAUGGUAACGUGCCGUGCUAUUGGUAUUGGAGCAUACCUGGUGAGGCUCGGCCAACGUGUUAUACAAGUGGAGAAUUCUCACAUCAUUCUUACUGGAGCUAGUGCCCUUAAUAAGGUUUUGGGCCGUGAAGUUUACACUUCAAAUAACCAACUUGGAGGUGUGCAGAUAAUGUGCAAUAACGGGGUGUCCCACACAAUGGUGCCUGAUGAUUUUGAGGGAGUGUAUACCAUCUUGGAUUGGCUUUCCUACAUGCCAAAGGAUAAGCAUAGCCCAGUGCCUGUUAUUUCACCGAUUGAUCCUAUUGAUCGACAAAUUGAUUUUGUGCCAACCAAGGCUCCUUAUGACCCUCGGUGGAUGUUGGCUGGAAGACCCAAUCCCACCAUCAAAGGGAUGUGGCAGAGUGGGUUCUUUGACUAUGGAAGCUUUACUGAGAUUAUGCAACGCUGGGCGCCAACUGUUGUAGUUGGCAGGGCACGACUGGGUGGAAUACCACUAGGUGUUAUUGCAGUGGAAACCCGCAGCUCUGAAACUGCUGUACCCGCUGAUCCUGCUAAUCUGGAUUCUGAAGCCAAGAUUAUUCAGCAGGCUGGACAGGUGUGGUUUCCAGAUUCCGCUUUUAAAACUGCUCAAGCAAUAAAGGAUUUUAACCGGGAGCAACUGCCACUACUCAUAUUUGCGAACUGGAGGGGAUUCUCUGGGGGGAUGAAGGACAUGUAUGACCAGGUGCUGAAAUUUGGGGCUUAUAUAGUGGACAGCCUGAGGGAGUUCAAGCAGCCAGUCUUGGUUUAUAUCCCACCUUUUGCGGAGCUUCGAGGAGGUUCAUGGGUUGUUAUUGAUCCCACAAUUAACCCUCUCUACAUGGAGCUUUAUGCAGACAAAGACAGCAGGGGAGGUGUGCUGGAAGCAGAGGGUACAGUAGAGAUCCGUUUUCGAAGGAAAGACUUGAUAAAGACAAUGCGGAGACUGGAUGCAGAUUAUGCUCGUAUUGUGGAACAACUAGGUACCCCAGAGCUGUCAGAUGUAAAGCGUAAGGAGCUGGAGAAGAAGCUGAAAACACGAGAGGAGCAACUGCUCCCCAUCUACCAUCAGGUCGCUGUGAGAUUUGCAGAUCUGCACGACACCCCAGGGCGAAUGCAGGAGAAAGGAGUUAUCACAGAUAUUUUGGAUUGGAAGGACUCCCGCACUUUCCUGUACUGGAGACUCCGGCGCCUCCUGCUGGAAGAAGUGGUAAAGAGAGAGAUUCUGGAUGCAAAUAGUGAACUAAGUGAUAUUCACAUCCAAUCCAUGCUUCGUCGCUGGUUCAUGGAGACAGAAGGGGCUGUCAAGGCUUACCUGUGGGACAAUAACCAGGUGGUGGUAGAGUGGUUGGAAAAGCACUUGCAAGAGGAAGAUGGAACACGGUCGGCAAUUCGGGAAAACAUCAAGUAUCUAAAGAAAGACUAUGCCCUAAAACACAUCCGCAGUUUGAUCCAAGCAAACCCUGAUGUUGCAAUGGACUGCAUUGUACACAUGACCCAGCAGAUCACCCCGGCACAGAGAGCACAACUGGCCAAACUCUUAUCUACAAUGGACAAUCCCCCUUCUAGUUGACACCAAGAUGGGGAGAACGAUACACUCCCCUUGCCUAAUAGACUAUGAUCAGCAACAACCUCUGUAAAUGUGCCGUCCGCAGUUGCCACUAUCACAGCUAGGUUACCAAGCUAUAAAGUGCCUUGCAAUAAAGAGACCAACCAAACUAA